AUGCAAUUUACACUACUAUUCGUGAUUCCUUUAAUAUAUUCUUCUUUUAUUGAAUCAAAAAGGAUUCGGGCUUACGAAAAAUAUAAAUCAAUCUACAAUGAAAGCACAUGGGAUAAAGAGAUUCAGCCGAUACUCGAGGAUCUCGUUAGGGAAGAACGUCAACGUCUUCGAGAUCAAGAGGCAAUCGAUUCUAUUCUUUCGAUAAGUUCUCAAGAAAUGAAAGGAGACGAAAAUGACACAUUAAAACCAAUCAAAAUCACUGUGAUCAAAUCUGCAACAAUGAAACAAAUCGAAGAAAAGCCGAAAGCGACACUAAAAAACGGGAAACCGGAAAAAUCGGCGACUCUUGGCAAACCAAAUGAAACGGAAUUUCGAUUGAAAAGAAAAGCAAAAGUGUUUCCGAGAAAACCGAGAAAUAAUGCAGAAAUGGAAAAGAUUCCGAAGUUAAACUCGAAAUUUUUCAUCCGAACCACCCAAUUGCUCAACGAUCGAAAAGCGAUCAUCGAUGAGUUGGCGAAAAAUGAGAAAUUCAAUCGGAAUAACCGAAAAAUGACAACAACUGAAGCACCAAUUACGACAAAAGAAACAAUUUUCACCGAACAAAGUAUUGAGACUUUGGACGAGGAAUUGACACCUGAGGAAAUUGAUCACAUCAUUGGGGCCGCAAUUUUGAAACCGACACUCAAAGCUGAAACUCUCGGAAGUCCCAAUUCAAAGGCAACAAAAUCUCGUGUUUUCGAGUAUCCAUUGAGUCGAAUCCCCUCUUCUUCUUCUCCUUCAUCUUCUUCUUCAUCUUCUUCAUCUUCUUCUUCAUCUUCUUCUUCCCAUAUUCUUCCAUCACAAUCAAUUCCACCAUUUCAACCACCAAUCGAUGAGAUCGGAAAAGUGAAAACAAUUGAAGAUAGCAUCAGAGAGUUCAUCCAAUUCCGAACAACAACCACUUUACCCAAGAAAGGACCAAAAAUGGAUAUGGUCCGAAUUGACGGUGCCGAGCGUCCAGUUUUAGCCAAAUCGAUUCCCAUUGCAAGCAAAACGAUCGAAGAGUUGAAAGUCGAGAAUCAAGAAAUUCUCAAGGGAAUCGAGGCGGCAUUGGAAGGAAAAGGGGAAAAGCUUAACUCAGACUUUCAAAAACAAUUAAUGAUUCCAGCCGAGGUUCCGAGAAGCGAGGUGCCUCUGAAUGUGAUGACUGACGAUAAAAUUGUCAUCGAUCCAACACAUUCAAAUCUAUCAAAACUUCCUUACUCAUCUCUGCCGAUUGAUAUAAAAGAGCUUGAU